AUGUCGGAGCCUCGCGCCGUCGCUGACAAUCGCAACGAUGGUGCGGACGAGAUGGGCCGCAUAGGGGAUGACUCCGAAUCCACAAUCUCAUCAGAAUUUUCGGAUAGAAACACUUCGGUGGCUUUCUCGCUGGCUUUUAGCCCCGUAACUCCUUCUUUCGAAAACGAACCCAGAGAGCUUGGCUUAAGCGCACGUGGUCGGUCCUCUGAAUCUACUGAUUAUGAUGUUAUCACCGUUCACGGGCUUCGUGAUAAUCACAGCACUAUGUGGAUGUCCAAGAGUGGAGUCUCGUGGCUUCAGGAGCGGUUAUUUGACGGCCUAUCUGUGCGACAGCUUGAUUUCAUAUAUGCAACCCAUGACUCUGCGAGGGUCUUUCAACCGGAUGGGAUCGAAGUGGAAUCUCGAGAUCUUCUGCGUCAGUACGCCGAAAAGAGGCUUGACCUCCCGGAUGCCCUGGUCGAAGCUUCUCAAGCCGUCCUUCCGUCGGACUUUGAAGAUGUCGAAACUUGGGAACGAAUGAGAGAAGCCAGGGGUCAGAUUGCGAAACUCUCUACAACGAUUAUAUUUCUUGGCUGUCCUCACAAGGCUGAGUCUAUUGAUGUCCUUGAAGAUGAGCUGCACACCUUGAUGAGUCUGCCCGGUCCGAGCAUCGAAAGUGGACUCAUAAGGAAAAUCAAGAAUAUUGCCUUUCAAGUGGAAGACACUAACACUCGGUUUCUGGAAAGCAAGCUUUUGUCGCGUUUGGUGCACAGUAGUGUCUUCAACCUUGGAACCCUCCAAGAUCUCAAGGCCGCCGAGGAGAAGAAACCAACGGACGAUGCAGCGCUUGAAAUCGAUAAAUCUAAACCGGAUGAGAAUCGGAUGCAGGAUGAAAACAUUUCCGUCACCUCGGAAGACAAAUCUUCUUUCGUCGCAGCAGACAUUCCGCAACCCGACAAAGACGACUUGGCAGCCCCUGAUGUUGACACCAAUACGAAAGACGUCAAUGAGAAUGAUAAUGUCGAGGACCACUCUCUUGAAGAGGCAGUUAACCAUGCAGACGAUGCUUUUGAACCUAUGGUAUUUGCCUCGUUGGCUCCCAACCUCGGUAUGUCAGGAACAAAAAUCGACCAACACAAAGACGCCGAAUCAUCAAGUGUGCUGGUAACAACCAAAGAGGAUUCCCACCUUCAGGGCGAGAUUCCUCAGCCAGCUUUGACCGAGCUCCCCGUCCUACGCGGAUCACCAUUUAGCCGAUACACAUCAUGCAUGUACAGCAUGUUUGAAGUUCAUAGUCGAUGGCGCCAGAAUAUCAUAGACCAUGCUGCACUCGUCAGAGGUGACGAAGACGUGAUAGGAAGAAAGAGCUGGAUAGCUAUUUUCAGAGAACGGUUCGAACCGGAGCACUACGGUAUGCUAAUCUUUUGA